AAAAAGCUCAUCAGCAUGAGCACGACCGAGGCGUCGCUCUCGACGGGCGACUGGGUCGUUCGAGGCCUUGCGAUCACGGGCCUCGUGGCGCUCUCCGCGGUCUUCUCGGGCCUCACGCUCGGACUCAUGUCGCUCGACAAGAUCGGCCUCGAAGUCGUCAUUGGUGCUGGCGAAGACGACGGUGCGACGCCGACAGAGAAGCGCCUCGCCGCCGCUGCGCGCAAGAUUGCGCCGAUUCGAAGGAACGGCAACCUUCUUCUCACGACGCUCUUGCUUGGGAACGUGUCGGUCAACUCGCUCCUCUCGAUCCUUCUCGCCGACCUCACGAGCGGUCUCUUUGGCUUUCUCGUGUCGACCGCGCUCAUCGUGCUCGUCGGCGAAGUCAUUCCGCAAGCCGCGUGCUCCCGCCACGCGCUCGCGAUCGGUGCCAAGUCGGUUCCGUUCGUCAAACUCAUCAUCGCUCUCUUUUACGUGUUGGCGAAACCCGUGAGCGCUGUCUUGGACGCCUUUCUCGGUCAAGAAGUCGGCACGCUCUUCACGAAGCGAGAGCUGUGGAAGAUGCUCGACAUCCACGUCAAGCGCGACUUGAUUGACGACGACGAGAGCUGGAUCAUGUACGGCGCGCUGCACUACAAGAGCCAGCCCGUGAGCGCGAUCAUGACCCGCAUGCACGACGUGUACAUGCUGCCAUCGACCGCGCUCCUCGACCGAAGUACGCUGCGGGACAUUUACGCCAAGGGCUUCAGCCGCGUGCCUGUGUACGGCCGCACGCGCAACGACGUGCUCGGGCUGCUUUUCAUCAAGGACCUCGUGUUUGUGGAUCCCAACGAACCGAUUUCAGUGCUACAUUUUGUGCAUAUUUUUGGCCGCGGCAUCCAUCGCGUCUGGCCCGAUACGAACCUCGGCGACCUCCUCAAGGCCUUCAAGAUGGGCCACUCGCGCCUCGCGUUAGUGCAGGAGGUCAACAAUGCGGGCGACGGCGACCCGUUCCUGGAAGCGGUCGGCGUUGUCUCGCUCGAGGACGUGAUUGAAGAGAUCUUGCAAGACACCUUUCGCAGCGAAGGCGAUGUCAGCGACGGACGCAACAAGACCAUGGCCUGCCGCGACGUCGAUCCUUCCGCGAUCCGGCGACUGCGCGUCGGCUCGUCCGACGACAUCCUCGAUGACGACGAUGACGACAUGUACUUGACGUUGGAGGAAGCCAAGGACUUGGCGACGCAUCUCGUGGCCAACCAGCCAGUCUUCCAGCUACGGAAAUCUGGAGGCGACGCAUUGACCAUUGACGAUGUGAGCAGUCUCCUGAUGAAGUGCCAUCUGGUCGAAUAUGGCCGCGAGACGGCGCUCGGUGCUCGCAUAUACUCGCCGUCGCAGGUCGCCAACCACUGCGUUGUUGUGAUGGAGGGCUGUGUCAAGGUCACAACCGGUCGCCACGGACUGGCGAGUGAAAUGGACGUCUGGUCGGUCCUCGGCGCCGAGAGCCUUGUCGUACCGGCCAACACACACGUGCCUGACUUUACUGCCGUCGUGCCGAGUCGGUGUGGGAAGAUUCUCUGCCUGCAGAUCACCCACGUCGACUUUCAGCACAUGCUGCACCCGAACGUGAGCUUGCACCCGCGUCUCGUCAAGGCGGCGGCGACCCCCCGGGUGCGGUCCAAACGCUUUGCGUUGCCCAAGCACACGGCCCAAAUCCAUCCGAUGACCGCCCAACUCGAAUUCGUGGCCCCCAUCGAUUCGAGCAACGAAGUCAAGAGGAGCCUUCUCCAGGCCGACAGCAUGGACGAGAUGCAAACAGCGUUCGAGUGAGGGACUGUUCUUUCUUUUUACAAACUGCUUGCAC